CGCAACGUGUGUCAGCGGUAAUUUUUCCCAGCCGAGCGGACGUUCGUCACUCAGUCACCACUCGACGGGAGCAUCUAAGGGGGAGGGGACAACAGAGCGUUGCCCCACACGCGCUCAGGCCACUCAUCUCCAGGACGACCGCGCACGCUACCCUGUCCAUCGACCUUUCCACCACCAUCGAAAACGCUCUCCACCAAUCGCGCGCGGAGACAGAGAUGGGUGGGUGGCCCACGCAUGGAAACAGAGGGCCGGCCAUCUUCUGUAAACAUUAAUAGCGCAUUGUCGAGACUGGAUCACACACACUCAUCAUCAAUGUGCUACACGCCGAUCCCCCAUCUGAGAUUCAGCGCUGCAAGGGGCUUCCACAAGCACGGACAAGAGCAAUGCAGGGUCAUGUCUCGCCCCCUCUGUUUCCGACGCGAGGUUCUGUUUGCCCAAGCACCCGAGUGGGCUUACGUACUCAUUCUGUGUGCCCCCCCUUUCCAAAGGGAGCCAUGGGAAGAAACGGCGGUCGACUGGUAGCCUGAUGCCGCUUCUUCGCGUCCUGCGUAACCAGCCAUGGCUGCGUUUGACUCUAUUCUAUUCCUGGGACCCUGGAUUGAUCCACCGCAGACACGAUGGCGCCAUUCAUUGCCGUCGUCUGGGCCUGGUUUGACCACGGAGUUUUUUCCUGAUCGAUGCAUGGACAUCUCAAACUAUGCAAGCGUCAGCCAGUCAGUCACCCCUGACGUCGUUCGCACGUGUUAAUCGUAUCAAACAAGUUCACAAGGUCGAGGCUGUCCUGUGCACAGCCAUGGACUGGUGGGCCCCCCUCCGUCGGGCACGCUGAAUGCUCGGAUCUUGCUAAUGAAAUAGCCCUGCUUGCUGACUGGGCGCGAGGGGAUGGGAUGGGACGGGCAGCUGACAACAUCGCACCCCGAAAUGGAAACAUCCCGAGCGGCCGCUCUGCCGAGCCGGGUGGUCACGGCGUGCGCGGGCUCCAGUGGUACAUAUUCCGAUCUGAUUCCGAUGCACCACACGAAUCAGGCGGGAUACGUACGGUACGGGACAGUGCAGUACCACUGCCCCCGAGAUGGCCGAGCGAUGUUCGAGGACGGCUCGGUCGUCUUUUGAACCCAGCCUCGCUCGCCGUCGGACUUUUGGUGUGUGCGCACACGCGUCAGUCACGGGCGACGGACGACGGACGGGCGGUGAGGUCACAUCGUAGAUUUGGCUCAUCCACCGUUGAUCAAGUCGAGUCAGGGCCAAGACCCUCUGACCCCGCGCACGGGUGCUUCUGGAUCAUUUCUGCACCCUGGCCCAUCAAUAGUCCCCUCACCCGUCGACAAUGCGGCAGAACGGGCGAGCAUCAAGCCAGCGUUCAGUCUGUGCUUAGCAAUCGGGUGUGUCAGAGUGCCGAAGUGAGGAGCGCUGACGAACAGGCGGCCUGGGGCAUACGCGGGGUAAGUCAGUACGAGGUGGAGGUUCAUUGGAACCGAGAGUGGACUUGGCAGGAACGGAUGUUGCGUUGCAUGAACGCGUCCGUCCUUCGACGGCGGACAUUGAAUGUCGUGAGCCUGGACCCAGCUCUGGAGUCUUGGCGCCACUGCGACGAAGCCAGGUUCAGCAGCAGCAGUCUGUCUGCUCACGAGCGGCAGUCGACAGAUGCGUCUUCUGACGACGAUCCCGAACGCAUGUAGACGAGUUCCCGGAAGCGGGCCACAAGCGGUGUCCCAGUUCAAACGGAAACGCUGCCUAACUUCGAGCGCUCACUGUCGCGGCUACGCGGGGGUCGCGCGUGAUGCCAAUCCUUCGAUUCCCACACUGAUCCUUGUCAGAUUCAGGCUCCGCUUUCGACUGAUAGAUCGACGUGGCUGUGUACGGUACCUUGGCCCAACCCGUCAAGCGAAGUCAUGGAAGCUUUUUGGCUUGGGCUGGAUUCUGAGCUAGUUUGAGCCC